UGAGCGACAUUUAAUCGAACCUUUGAUCCGAGUUUUUCCAGCUGAUUUAGUUCAUUUUCCAGGAGAUGCCGGGGUUAGCUGAAGGCAGCAGACUUUCAUUGGGUAACAGUGCUGUCAUGCAGCUCUGCUAACUUUAACCCUGCAGUGGUUUAGACUUUAAAACGGGACUAAACCAACCCAAGCUCAUCACUAACUGGUGUGUCCAACUCAGCUGCUGAUCCAACAGCAUGCGGCGUGGCUCCUCUUUGUCAGAAAAGUUGAUUCAUCGUCCUAUUAUUAGCUCAGGGGCUCGCGCGCUGCUUAUUGGGGAGAUUUGUGCUCGCGCGCAGACUGUGGGAUCUGAUAGGCUGCUGCAGAAAGAGUCGCAGCAAUGAGGCCGACAAAAAGGUCACAGCAGGAUCUGCAGGAGUUGGACGAUCUGGUGCGAAAACAGGCAAAGAUUGAUGAAACCGGCUGGACAGGGGUGAACGAGCGCACCUUCAUCGCAGUGAAGCCUGACGGUGUGCAGCGGAAACUGGUUGGAGAAAUAGUGCGUCGUUUUGAGAAGAGAGGCUUCAAACUUGUGGCACUUAAACUUGUAAAGGCAUCUGAGGAACUUCUCAGCGAACACUACUGGGAGCUGAGGAAAAAGCCUUUCUACAGCAGACUGAUAAGCUACAUGAGCUCUGGACCAGUUGUUGCAAUGGUGUGGCAGGGUUUAGAUGUUGUGAAGACGGCUCGCAAGAUGCUGGGAGAGACCAACCCUGCAGAGUCACUGCCAGGAACCAUUCGCGGAGAUUUCUGCGUGGAAGUGGGCAAGAACGUGAUCCACGGCAGCGACUCGGUGGAGAGCGCCCAGAGAGAGAUUUCUCUAUGGUUCCGUCAAGGUGAGCUCCACCGUUGGGAGAGCAGCUCCAAGAACUGGAUCUACUAACCGUUUCCAGAGAAACUAUUAACCUGAACUGGUG